AUGAGGGUGCUCUGCGUUGCAGAAAAGCCCUCGAUAGCCCGUUCUAUCACGCAGAUACUCUCUGGAGGACAAUUUAAUACUCGUCCCAGUCCUAACAAGUAUAUCAGGAACUACGACUUCGACUAUCCCCAGACCAACUCCCAGUUCACCGUCACGUCUGUCACUGGACAUCUUCUAGACCAUGACUUCGAUUCAGCCUACAGUAAUUGGCAGUCGUGCGAACCAUUUGUUUUAUUCGACGCGCCUAUCAUCUCGCGAAUUAAGAAAGGUUCAGAGACAAUAGCACGGAAUCUCGAGAAUGAGGCUCGACGCGCACAGACGCUCAUGAUAUGGACGGACUGUGAUAGAGAGGGGGAGAAUAUCGGCGCCGAGGUUGCUGGGGUGUGCAGGAAGGUGAAGACGGCCAUCAUAGUGCGGCGGGCGAGGUUCAGUGCGAUUAUAGCUCAGCAAAUACAUAACGCCGCGCAACACCCGGUUAAUCUGGACAUGGCUCAGUCGAAUGCUGUUGAAGCCCGAACACUCCUCGACCUGCGCAUCGGAGCAACGUUCACACGCCUUCAAAGUUUACAGCUUCAGCAACGUUUCCAACAGCUUAAAGGAGAUGUUAUAUCUUACGGCAGCACGAUAGGACCUUGUCAGUUUCCAACACUGGGCUUCGUCGUCUCGCGCUACAACCAAGUCAAGUCAUUCGUCUCGGAGACGUUCUGGCAUAUCUACCUAGCUUUAACUCGCAUCGACGAAACUACGGGGGAAGAAUCGGAAACGCCCUUUACGUGGCGAAGGGGGCAUUUGUUUGAGCUCGAGGUCGCCCUUGCAAUAUACGAGCAUGUACUGGAUAACCCUACUGCAAACGUGACGAGAGUAACUCGCAAGAACACGAAGAAAUGGAAGCCUUUGCCAUUGACCACGGUCGACCUACAAAAGGCAGGAUCUAGGCUACUGAAGAUCUCGCCGAAGAAGGUCCUAGAUAUCGCCGAGCAUUUGUAUCAACAAGGGUUUCUAUCCUACCCGCGCACAGAGACAGACCAGUUCGACCCACAAUUUGACUUUAUGACACUUAUCCAGAAGCAGAUCGUUGAUCCUGCCUGGGGCCAGUUCGCUUCUUCAGGCAAGAAGAAUGACAAGGCACAUCCGCCUAUCCACCCUACUGCACACGCGGGAAACCUUGCAGGCGACGAGAAGCGAGUGUAUGAGUACAUCACGCGUCGGUUCCUUGCGAGCUGCUCAAAGGAUGCGCUCGGCUGGGAGACGACCGUAGACGUUGAGUGCGGUGGGGAGGAGUUCUACGCAACCGGUUUAACCGUGCGCGAACGCAACUAUCUCGACGUUUUCCCGUACGACAAGUGGUCGGACAAGGAGCUCCCGAAUUUCGCGGAGAACGAAGAGUUCAUGCCCAGUAUAUGCGAGUUGAAGGAGGGCCAGACGUCUCGACCGAGCCUGCUCACUGAGGCUGAUUUGGUUGCGCUCAUGGACAAGAACGGCAUCGGCACCGACGCGACGAUUGCGCAGCAUAUACAGACGAUCAUCGACCGCAAGUACGUCAUGGAGCGCAUGCAGGGAGCGACGAAGUAUCUCGUCCCAUCGACACUGGGUAUAGGCCUCGUUGAGGGCUACAACGAGAUUGGCUUCGAUCGCAGCCUGAGUCGGCCGGAAAUGCGGAGAGAGACAGAGAGGCAGAUGGUCCAGAUUUGUGAAGGCCACAAGACGAAGACUGAAAUGCUUACUGAGAACAUUGAGCUGUACAAGGAGAUGUACAUCAGGAUUAAACGAGAGAUGAAUCGAGUUAUCACUAGCGUUGGAAAUCGAUUACAGGGCCGUGGUAUCGACUACGAAGCCGAUUUCCUGGACUUUAACGGUGGCGGCGGCGGCGGCGGUGGUGGUGGUGGCGGUGACGAUGGAGAUGCGGGCGACGGUGGCGGAAGAAGUGCGCGAGGUGGUAGGGGCGCCAGAGGUAGCCGAGGGGGACGAGGAGCAGCAUCGACGAGGGGGACAACAACACCAAGACGAGGCCGUGGAGCUCGAGCUGCGCCGCCGCCGCCGCCGCCACCACCACCAGACGACGACGACGACGACGAAUGUGCGUGUAAUCCCACGAAUUCAUCUAUAUGCAGUCGAUAA